AACCACGCAGUAGGUUGGUCGGUUGGCUGUGGUGGGCAGGCAGGCGGGCGGGUGGGCUGACCAGGCCAACGGCCGGAGGAGGGAGGGAGCCCUGGGACUGGAGCUGCCUGUCUCCUUUCAUGCCAGCGCCGAAGAAGGGAGGCUGUUUGGACACACCGAUUACUCACCAGCCUCCCCCUUUUGUCUGCCAGCCCAGCCCGACUCCUCUAGGCUGUGAUUAGCUCCAUCCAGUCUGGGAAGCGAGCUGGACAGCUGAGCCAGGCGGAGCCCAGAGCACCCAGCAGACCCAUGCCGAGGCUGCAGCCCUCCCCCGGGCUGGGGGCCCACCGGCCUGGCCUCCUGCCAGUGCUCCUGGCUCUCCUUGGCAUGACCUGGGUGGAGGUGCACCCGCUUCAGCUACAGGAGAAGCAGGUUCCAAUGCCUGGAGCCCUGAGCAAGAAGGAGAGCUUCCAGCUCCUCUCUCUGCACAACCGUCUGCGCAGCCGGGUCCACCCCCCUGCAGCCAACAUGCAGAGACUGGACUGGAGCGAGAGCCUGGCCCGACAGGCCCAGACCAGGGCGGCCCUCUGUGGCGCCCCAGCCCCGAGCCCGGCCUCUGUCCCCCGGGCCGCCCCGCAAGUGGGCUGGAAUGUGCAGCUGCUGCCGGUGGGCUCGGGGUCCUUCAUCCACGUGGUGGGCCUGUGGUUCUCAGAGGGGCAGCAAUACAGCCACGCAGCGGCCGAGUGUGCCCCCAAUGCCACCUGCACUCACUACACUCAGCUCGUGUGGGCCACCUCAAGCCAGCUGGGCUGUGGGCGGCAUCCCUGCUCUGGGGCCAAGGGUGAGAUGGAAGCCUUUGUCUGUGCCUACUCUCCUGGAGGCAACUGGGAGGUCAACGGGAAGACCAUCGUUCCCUACAAGAAGGGCGCCUGGUGUUCACUCUGCACAGCCAGUGUCUCCGGCUGCUUCAAAGCCUGGGACCACGCAGGGGGGCUCUGCGAGGUCCCCAGAAACCCAUGUCGCGUGAGCUGCCGGAACCAUGGACAUCUCAACGCCAGCACCUGCCACUGCCACUGUCCCCCGGGCUACACGGGCAGGUACUGCCAAGUGCGGUGCAGCGUGCAGUGUGUGCGCGGCCGGUUCCGGGAAGAGGAGUGUUCCUGCGUCUGCGACGUCGGCUAUGGGGGAGCCCAGUGUGCCACCAAGGUGCACUUUCCCUUCCACACCUGUGACCUGAGGAUCGACGGAGAUUGCUUCAUGGUGUCCUCAGAGGCAGACACCUAUUACGGAGCCAAGAUGAAAUGCCAGGGAAAGGGCGGGGUGCUAGCCCAGAUCGAGAGCCAGAAAGUGCAGGACAUCCUUGCCUUCUACCUGGGCCGCCUGGAGACCACCAACGAGGUGACCGACAGUGACUUUGAGACCAGGAACUUCUGGAUCGGGCUCACCUAUAAGACCGCUAAGGACUCCUUCCGCUGGACCACUGGGGAGCACCAGUCCUUCACCAGUUUCGCCUUCGGGCAGCCUGACAACCAGGGGUUUGGCAACUGCGUAGAGCUGCAGGCGUCGGCCGCCUUCAACUGGAACGACCAACGCUGUAAAACCCGAAAUCGUUACAUCUGCCAGUUUGCUCAGGAACACAUUUCCCGGUGGGACCCGGGGCCCUGAGGCUCAGCCCUGCCUCUCCCCUGCCAGCACCUGGAUGCACAGCCCUGCUUGCCUGUCUGCCCACCUGUCUAGAACAAGGGCCGGGCUCGGACUGCAGGCCCAACAGCCAGAGAGGCCUCAGACCUUGUAGGAAGUGGGGCAGGGUGUACAAGUGAGGCCGAUGGAGAGCCUGGUAUGGGGCCCCCCAGCCUGCUUUUGAUUGGGACGAUGGGUCUUAAUUAGGCACUGAAACAGGAGUCUGGGCCAGCAGUCUGAAGAGACCACUCCCCUCCAUCUGGGCUGGACCCUCUGGGGCAGAUAGCGGUUCCUCACUGCCCAGGAUGCACCCCACAAAAGAUUAAACUAAGUUAUGGGUCUGC